AUGGAGCCUACAGAUGCGUCGCCGAAACUGAAGAAUAAGUUCACAAUAGAAUUCUAUGAUCUACACUGUAGCUUACGAAACGGCAUCACGAUCUUAAACGGGGCCUCCGGGACGCUCUCAUCUGGCUCAUUUACCGCAAUUAUGGGCGCUUCUGGAGCUGGUAAAAGUACACUCAUGAACGUCAUUGCUGGACAUGUUGGAAAAACAAGUGGAAAAAUAUUGGUGAACGGUGUUGAAUGUGCUAGUCUGAGAUGUGUCAAAGCGGAAGUUAGUUUUGUUCCUCAAGAAGACAUUAUGCACCGAGAGCUGACGGUAUUGCAGAAUUUAACCUUUUCUGCUGCAAUUCAGCUCCCCCGGGAAACAAGUGAGAGACAGCGAGGGCGUUGCGUCUACGACACGCUAAUCAAGCUUCACCUCGAACAUGUACGUCACAACACUGUUGGUGAUGAGAUCCGCCGGGGCAUUUCGGGGGGCCAGCGUAAACGUCUCAAUAUUGGUCUUGACCUCGUCUCGUGCCGCUCUAUACUAUUUCUUGAUGAGCCAACAACAGGCCUCGAUGCUGUGACCGCUACAGAAAUUGCUCAAAUACUGACCACAAUUUCCAAAGAGAGCAUGAUGACGAUCACGGCUGUGAUUCACAACCCGGGUGUCCGAGCAUUCAGCCACUUUUCUGAUCUAAUUCUACUACAAGCUGGCGGUCGAGUGGCUUUCGCCGGUGGCAUGGAGGAUUGUGAAGGAUAUUUUGCCUCUCUUGGAUUUCGU